AUGACUUCCCGAACUGUAACAACUUACCAUGCCUUCUCAUCAGCUUCAGCCCAGGGUAAUCCCGCGGGAGUGAUCAUCCUGCCUAAGCCCGGACAGGCCUCUACAUACGAACGAGAAGGCGAGUUCCCGUAUGAAGAAUUUCCACCGGCUUCCAAACUCCAAGAAAUCGCAACGGGAUUGGGUCACCCAAUGACGGCGUUCGCGCUUCCUCUCAACCUAUCGAAUGGGUCUCCUGAGGCGCCGCAGUAUGCCGUUCGAUGGUUCAACCUUACCCAAGAAUCACCGCUCUGUGGCCAUGCGACGCUUGCUUUGUCUCAUCACUUAUUUAACACUCUUUCAAGCCCACCCAAGACCUUGAGGUAUCUGACGAGGCUCCAUGGCAUUGUUUCUGCUUCCUUGUACCCAAGCCCUUUUGAGAAUACGAAUCUCAUCGGUAUCGAGUUUCCCGAGCUGAGACUUUCCCCGGUUACAAAGGAUACUCAACGAUGGGACGAUUUGAAGAACGUGUUCGACCAGGCAUGUAAUCCUCGAUGGGAGGGUAGCGGGGAGCCACUCGGCGUGUUUGAACAAAGCGGGUAUCUCCUAAUCGAGUACAGUCCUGAGCUUGAUCUCAAGGCUUUGCAAAUAGAUUCCUCCAAACUGGUUUCUCUUGGUGUGUUUAUGUAUUUGUUCCAGGUUUCGAAAAGUUCCUCAGAGCACAUACACAGUCGAGUUCAUAACACAUACGGUGAUAGGGUACUGGAGGAUAUUGCUACUGGCUCUGCCCAUCGAGCGAUUGUCCCACAUGUCUUAUCCAACUCUGAGACAACAGCACGACUAAAGGAGUACCACCCGGACUUCAGUGGAAACACUCUUCGAUCUUUACAGCAGUCAAAGGAGGGUGGGCAGCUGACGGUUGAGUGGCUACAAGAAAGCAAGGCAGUCAGGAUAAUGGGGGAAGUCACACGCGUUAGCGAAAGCAGCGUUGACCUAUGA